AUGUUGACACGACAAGACCGUGUACGAUGGCAUAGCCAAGAAAGAGAACACAGUGCUCGAAUUAUCGGUUCUUUAAUCAAUAGACAACCCCGUCGUAUUGAUACACAUCAUCAUAUCGUUCCUGAGUUCUACGCUCAAGCUGUACAAGAAACUGGUGGAGAUCCAGCAGGUUGGCCAACUCCAAAAUGGUCUUUUCAGCUAGCUAAAGAAAGUAUGUAUCUUUUGGGUGUGGAACUUGCAAUUGUGUCAAUUACGGCACCUGGUACCAAGAUUUACGAAGGCAAUACGAAAAAAGGUAGAAUCUUUGCUAGAAAACUGAAUGAAUAUUCGGCCAAUUUGGUAAAGAACAAUACCGAAAAGUUAGGAUUUUUCGCUUCACUCCCAUCAUUGAUCGACAUCGAUGGUGCUAUUGCUGAAAUCGAUUAUGCUCAUUCAGUUCUCAAAGCCGAUGGAUUUACGUUAUUUACAAGUUAUGGUCACGAAAAAUACCUUGGGCAUGCUUCGUUUCAACCGAUCUGGGCCAAACUGAACGAAAUCAACACUGUUGUUUUUAUUCAUCCAAGUACAGCACCUACCACAACAGUUAAUCGUUACAUGCCACAACCACUUGUCGAUUAUCCUCAUGAGACAACUCGAACAGCCUCAGACAUUGUUCUCAGUGGUACGCGUGCUGCAUUUCCCAACAUUCGUAUAAUCUUGUCUCAUGCGGGUGGGACGCUUCCAUUUCUUGCCCAACGUAUAGCAGGUGCAGGCUUUAUUCGAUCUUUGAACUGUCCUCGAGGACCUCGACAAAUUUUGUCUGAUUUACGUUCUUUCUACUUUGAUACCGCAUUGUCAUCAAGUGUUCCUCAACUUAAGGCACUGCUAGAAUUUGCUGAUCCAUCGAAAAUCGUAUUUGGAAGCGACGUACCAUAUGCUUCACUCCCAGUUUCCCUUUAUAUAACCAAAUGUCUCGAUUCUUUCUUCAAAAAGAAUUACAACACGAACAAACAAAAGGAUAUGUGGAAGAACAUAAAUCGAAAUAAUGCCAAAGCUUUAUUUCCUCAGAAGAUCAAAGACUGA